UAAAAUUAAAAUGGCGUUUCCGAAGAGCAAUGAAGUGUUUGUAACAGUGGGGACAACACAGUUCGACCAGCUGGUGUCUACAAUCGUCGAUCCUUGUGUGCUGCAAGUGCUGAAGAGCCGUGGCUACAACGGCAUGACGCUGCAGACAGGCCGAGGCCGCCCACCUGUGCUCGUCGAUGCUGAGGCGUGCAGCCUGCAGGUGCAACACUACAGCUUGAAGGCAUCGCUGGCAGAGGAUAUAACGAGAGCAGUGCUGGUGGUCUCUCACGGAGGUGCGGGCACUUGCCUCGAGGUCCUCGAGGCAGGCAAGCCCCUAAUCAUUGUGGUCAACCACCAACUCAUGGGAAACCACCAACUGGAGCUAGCACAACAGCUGCAGGCGGAAGGCUAUGCCUACUGCUGCAGUUGUGACACGCUGGCCGAUACUCUGCGCAGCUUUGACCCCGGUGCGCUGCGACCGUUCCCCAGAGGAGACCCUGCAGCCUUCGCGCGCUCCCUGGAUUCCAUGCUUGGCCUGUGAUGAGUUUGUACUUCAUUCGUCGUAUUAACAACCAUUAAAAAAAGUAAACAAUUUUAUUUUACAUCCUCUCUAGCACUAUUUAAGAUCUCAUCAGUUAUCAACAGAGAUGGACCCAGUAUUAAACUUUGGGAAGGGCGGAUGACUGGGGGGUUUUGGAUGAUGGCAUAGCCUACCUCCCAGUUUUAUAUCAUUUUGUCGUAAGUUAAACUAACCAGUAAUUCUUUAAUCUUUUUACCACUCACCACCUCUGGCUGUUUUAAUUCAUGUAAAUAUCACAAUAUAUUCCAUACAACAGAAUAAAUAAAAAUUAAAUGUACAUUAAAAAAGAUAAAACCCGGAGCCAUCACCCGACCACGGCCUGCUCGGCCCGGUGCUCGAACAACGACCGUUCGGCCCAGUGCUCAGACAAUGACUGAAUUACAGCCUUCCUUCUUUGUGCGGGCAGUGUCCUGGGCUCGCUGACGUAAUUCUCAGCCAAUCACGGUGCAUAGCAACAGAAGCUUCUGCUCCUGUGACAGUGACACACACGCCUAGCGGGUGAAACAAAGCCUCGGUCGUGGAAAAAAUGAAGGAGAGUUACGUCAGCAUGCCUUCCCACACAAAGAAGCCAGCAAAAAAAAAUACUAGAAAAAUAAACUUAUGAAUUUUAAAAUAAAAACAAUAAACCCGGAGAAUUUCGCUCACAAUAACUUUUGAAAGAAAAAGAUUUUACAUCCAACCUGAAAUUUGACCAAAAAAAAAAAAAAGAUUAUUACUGGAUUGCAUAAGGAAGGCUGUAAUCUGGGUUGUUCAAUCAAUUUUUUUUAUACAAUAAAUAAAAUACUUUAAAGGUCAGGUGCAGUGUGGAGUGGGUAUUUGUGAUUGUACCAUUUUCAUAGUUUGGUUUUAGAGGUUAGGGAGAGUGGUCGCAACCAUGACCCCUCCUACAGAGGCCCACUGAUCGUUAAUCAAAUUAAUGUCACAUAUUGUUUUUAAAACCUUACUCAUUAAUUUGGAAAUGCCUGUAAUAAAUAGGCCUAAAAAACAUCACUUAACAAAAUAAGUUGACGUGAAAGACUAUUAUGUAGCCCUGACGUGCAAUCUACACACCAUGUGUAUCAUUGUGCUGAGCAAAGAGAAAUGGAAUAAUUGUAUACAAUGGGCAGUUGGCACAUCAUAGUACUGUCCUUGGUGCAAUGGAACUGCCCUUAGGUGGAGGACUGGUCCAACUUUCUAAUACCCAGAAGGUUGAUCAUGGAUCUUUUAGCCUAAGUCAUCAUAAAUAUGAUGCCUUAUUGUUAAAUUGUCGCCUCUUGAUGGGGAACGAAAAAACUAUUUAAAUUUUCUUCAUAAGAAUUGCACCUUACAUAAGGCAUCUUAACUAUGAUAUAAUCUCACAUAAUUUUUUUGAUGCUUCAGUUUUGUCUUCUCUUGGUAGCCUUGUGGUCUAAUGGCCAUGGCAGCAUAACAGUCCGCUGAUCCACAACUAAAAUAUAAUGAUGUUUUUAAUUUUAAUGAUUCAUAAACACAAUCAUUGUAGCAUAUUCUGUUUUGAUAUAGCACAAAAGUGUAAACACAAAGCAGUCAUAAACAUUGUUCUUGAAAUAUUCAUAGUUAUGUUUCUGUAUUAUCUGCUUGUGAACGCUUUUAUUUCAUUUAUUUGCAUAAGACUGAAUGUUGGAUUCUCGCAAUUAUGACAAUGUCCCAACAAAAAACAUGUAAUUACAUUUCCAUAUUAGAUUAGUUCUUAAACCCAAGUAGAGUAUGUGUGUAUUUUCAUAUAUAUUAUUGACCUGCCAUCUUCUGCCAAUCAAUGAGGUUAUUGAUAAGGACGCCAACUAGUUUUAAUUGCAGGUCCUGCGAGCUAGUUCGCAAGUAGAGUUGACUUGCCUCAAGCCUUGUCAUUGCCACGUGGCCGGCAGACAACAGGUGUUAAUCCGACAGAGAACGUCCAGCUGUUGUAGUCAUGGAGGAUGCUACACUAAGGGGGUUACAAACUAUGGAAUGAUGAGCAAAGGGAAUCUGGUAGGAUGGUUUUUAUUAAGAAUCACUCACUCGUAUGUGCACUGUCUGGGACACAGGGGCGGAUCCAUGGAGCUAAUAUACAGUAAUACAUCUGGAGAGGACAAGGGAAGGCCAGCAAAGGAUGCGAGGUGAAGCCGGGUAUCGGCGUUUAUUCCCUGCUUCCUACGCUGGAAGAAAACGAAAACGAGCCAAACUUGUCUCGCGCGGCCGUAAAAUCCUCCAAACUAAACUCGCAACAGCUCCGAAACUAUCAAAACAAUCAAACUGAAAAUUUUACUGGAUUAUCUGUAAACAUUCUUCCCCACACCGCUUUAAUCUUUUUUUCGAAACAUGAAUACUUUCAUUUUUAAAAAUUAAAUACCUAUUUACUGCCAAAUUUUUUUGUGAAUACGCAGAGUAAAUUUCAACAUCGAGGAAAAAUUUUUGUUUGCAACUAUAGGUGGGGGACACCUGCGUAUGAAAUUAGGAAGAAGCUUCAAAUUUUAUUUAUAUACCACUCUUGACGCAUUCAACCCCAUACUUUUAUUUUUACAGAGAGUUGAAGUGGGAAUAAUGUUUCAGUGGGUAACACUACCGACAUAUGUCUUCGUAACGCACUUCUUUUUGUUAUUAUACUUCUCAAAUUUUAUAAUUUCAUACACAACGUUUAUAAAAAACUAAUUCUUACUUACUUCAUUUAAUCUAUUACAAAUCUCUUGUAAUAUACGUGUAUUAGUAGAAGUUAGAAGUCUUUUCAAUAUCAUGUUCAUGUUCCAGUCUACUUACUCAACCAACGUAACAUGCAAACCUUACCUAAACACUGGUAGAGAAUUGUUUGUAAUAACUGUAAUGCUAUGCAUAUACUGACAAUGUAAGAAACUUUCAAUUUUAUUAAUUGUUUGCAUAAGAAUUAAUAAUUUUAAAAAAUCAUAGAAUAGGCAUUUAUAGACUGAAAACCUUUCACGUAGUUUCAAGUAGCGUACAUAAAAGUUUUUAAAUAUAUAUAAUUACCAAAUAUUGUUGAAUAUAUUUAACAUUUUUAUACAUGUUACAACACACAUAUAAUAACAAGCCUAUAUAGGAUAUAAAAAGACAGACGCCAAAUUUUAGCAUUUUGUAUUUCUUUUCUCUGUGUGAAUAAAAUAACAGUUCUUAACGUAGUUGCUAAUACAUACUGUACUAUAUUUCUUAAAAAAAUACGAAAACCCCUGACAUCGUCACCAUAACAAUGAUAAAUUUGCAAAAUAAUUAAGGCACGUCUUUUAAUGCUACGAAGCACACUUUUAAGAGAAAUGUUUUAAACUUAUGUUGGGAUUUAUCUAAUAUCUUAAAAGCAUUGUGAAACCGUUCCUUUGAGGGAAACCUUAAUAUACCGAACACCAUAUCAUCCUUUAAUCGAGUUAGAUUUUCGCUUCUUACGACCCAUUUGUCUUCAAAAUGCACUGUACACAAUGCAUGGUUCGGAGACGCAGUCCAAUUUUUCCGCUUUGUCGCUUUUUCCCAGAUCUGUCGUUGAUCGUCACGUUUUGGAAAUCUAUGAAAAAAGUAAAUAAUUAUACUUACAACUGAAACAACUUCUCUUUGUUAAAUAGUUUUCUUAGGUUUUUCGAAAAGUUCGAAGAUUAGUUACUUCCGUUUAAAAAAUUUGCCACUUUUUUCUGAUGCUUCAAAAGUUUUGGGAAUUAAUUUAGUUAACAAAUGAAAAAAAAAAUCUUUAAUACAUGUGAAAAGCAACGCCAUCCGGCUUGGAAUUCCAUCGAUUUGUACAGCCAUAUGCGCUACAGGAAAUCACCAUUGUAGCCGCACACCAGCGCCACUCAAACCUCAAGGACAAGUGGGCUGGGGCUGCGUUUGCAGUAGAAAUACGCUCUCUUCCUCUUUCUUUUCAACCCUUCUUCGCAACCGGCUGGCUUCGCUCUCGCCCUACACAUGUCCACUCCAGAUCUUCUUACAUGCUCCUUGGGCGGAUCCAGUGAUCAGUUUUGGGGGGGGGGGGAACUGGUGCCCGAAGAACAUUGAACGGUAUUGACAACGUGGUUCUUAUGGAAUCCUGGGCAUAAAAUAAUUGUUAUAGAAUAUAACAUAGGCAUAUAAUAACACUAACCAGAAGAAAAAAAUCAAAAA